GGCCCUUCCAAACCUUAAGGUUGCGCUUCCCCUUUAAGAGGUUGGACUUCCGGUCCCGUUGCUCCGGGAGUUGGAACGGGAAGUUUCCUUUCCGGAACAGCCCGCCCGCCGCUCUCUACCUCCGAAUUCGGCCCCGCCACGUCUUGGGGGCUGCACCCGCUGGUCUCCGCCUCCUGUGCCUGUCUCCGCCGCCUGCAGCGGCUUGCGCCUCCACAUCCUCGCGGAGCAGGAGCCGGAGCCGGAGCCGGGACCGGCCGCAUAUCGCGGGGGCGGGCGGGGGGGGCGGGGAGUCUGUGACGCUGCUGGUCUCCGCGAGCCGGAGCUGCUAAGAUGUCGGAUCUCGGGGACUGGUUUAGGAGCAUCCCGGUCAUCACGCGGUACUGGUUCGCCGGCGCCAUCGUAGUGCCCUUCGUCGGCAAACUCGGCCUCAUUAACGCAAGCUACUUCUUACUCUGGCCUGACGCCUUCUUGUACCACUUCCAGAUAUGGAGGCCAAUCACUGCAACAUUUUUUUUCCCAGUUGGCCCAGGAACUGGAUUUCUCUACUUGGUGAAUUUAUAUUUCUUAUAUCAGUAUUCUACACGACUAGAAACAGGGGCUUUUGAUGGAAGGCCAGCAGACUAUAUGUUCAUGCUCCUUUUUAACUGGGUUUGCAUCGUUAUCACUGGUUUAAUAAUGGACAUGCAGUUGCUGAUGAUUCCUUUGAUCAUGUCAGUACUCUAUGUCUGGGCCCAGCUGAACAGAGAAAUGAUUGUAUCAUUUUGGUUUGGAACACGAUUUAAGGCCUGUUACUUGCCUUGGGUCAUUCUUGUAUUCAACUACAUUAUUGGAGGAUCGGUUAUCAACGAGCUGAUAGGAAAUCUUGUGGGACAUCUAUAUUACUUCUUAAUGUUCAAAUACCCAAUGGAUUUGGGAGGAAGAACUUUUCUGUCUACACCUCAGUGUCUGUACCGCUGGCUUCCUAGUAGGAGAGGAAAUGUCUCUGGAUUUGGUGUUCCGCCUGCGAGCAUGCGGCGAGCUGCAGAACAUCAGCUUGGUGGAGGAGGUCGGCACAACUGGGGCCAGGGGUUCCGACUGGGAGAUCAGUGAAAAACUCAGCGGUGUUCAGCAAACAGUGAUCCUGGGCAAUUCAGGAUACUUCCUGGUGUGGGUUGUGCUUAAGACUUGUGUUUUACCUAAUGCUGGUGGAUCUGGCCCGUGCAGAAUGUCCUUUUUUUUCAGUACAAGACAAAUUGUUAAAAGUCCCGAAGAGAAAUGUUAAAUUUCCCUCCAAAUUAGUGAUCACGCUCAACUCUUUACUACUCUGAAGAAAGAAACAUCAACUCUGCAUCUUUCAAAACCAGCUGCAGUUUUUGUGUCUUCUCUUCUCCCUCUCCCUUUUCUGAACAGCGGUCACACUGGCCCAAGUUUGAAUAGCUCUGUAGAUUUUUGUUUCUGUGGCAAUGUAACCAAAACUUUGUCAGAAGACUGAUUCUAAGGAAAACCCUCCCACCCCCACUCCUCUCCCCACCCCACCAAAAAUGCCAUCACCCUUUGAAAUUUAGAGAAGGUCGUUUAUUUAGUGAUGCUGCCUUUAUGGUGUGCUCUCCUUCCUUAUGAUGCGGACUCUUGGGAUCGGUUUGAGAGCCAGGAGCUAUUGUGCAAGGACAGUUUUCCUUGCCUGUGGUGGCAGAAAGGAGGAGAGGGCAUCAAAACUUGAGAAAGAAGAUGGGGAGAAGAUUGGCCGAGGGCAGAAGAAAAGAUGAGGACAGAAGCUGGCUUUGGCCCUGACUCUUAGCAUGUCGGGUGUUGGAAGAGGCCCAGCACUGACCCCUCUGCAGGUGUUCCUGCAGAGCUGCAGCCACACCUCACCUGUGACCGUUUGCCACACUUCUCCAGAUACUUUUAUGUUUCAUUUGAUGUUUUACUGAGUCAUUGAGCUAUGCAGAUUUGUAUUAGGAUUAGCAACCUUGUCCAUCGUGGAUUAUGAAUGGGAGUGUUGCUUGCCAGAUUUCCCCUUUUUAAAAAAUGAAACAAAAUAAAACAUGUGAAUUGAUCCCAAACUUCGUUAUAUAUUAAAAGUUAAAUAUUUUAAAGAUGAACACAGGAAAGCCCAAAUGGAUUGCAAAUAUAUUUCGGGUUAUCAGGUGUAUUUGAAUUGUUUCUGUUUUUGUCAUUCUCAGACAUGAGUGUAUGACUUCUGUAAAUCAAAACAAUUUGGAAAUCUUCUUUUUCCUAAGUGGGUUAUUUUUUUUCCCUAUCAGAGCAAGGUUUGUCACCAAAUAAAGCUUUUGAAGCCUACAGUGUUUCACACAGCUAAAUGUUUCUUUUUUCAGCAUAUGCUUUUAGUCUCAAGUCAGCCGACUUUGCUGUGAUGUCCUUAUACUAGUUCCACAAAUUUGAGUCAGGAUGAACUAGCUUUAAACAUUUCUGUUCCUCAGUCUCAUUGUGAAAGAGGCACCAUUCUGGGCCCUAGUGACGCAUACUGGUUUUCCAUACGCAGGCAUGUAGAAGGACUGCAAGGAUGGUUAUGUGUGUUGUUAUUCAAGGCUUUGUUGGUGGAAAAAUAGUUCCCUUAUUUUCAGUACUAAAUUUACAUCUGCUUUCUUAACACCUGCCUCUCCCCUCCAUUUUUAUUUAUAUUUUUAAAAAAGUUAGGCAGAGAGCAUCUGAAAUUUAUUGUCGUAUGUGUUCUGCUGUUGGCCGUAAAUAAAGUUUACUAUACAAUUUUAGAAGCCAUUAUUCCUAUUAUGUUUUGUCUGUACUACCACUGGUCUUGGGCAUCCCUGGAGUAGUCUUUGAUACUGGUUCGCUACUUUCUUUUUUAAAAUGGAGCCUGAUGGUGAGCUAAGCGUCAGCUGUUUAAAGGUCAACUGCAGUGGUUUCUAAAACUUCCCAAGUGAUCUGCACUGCACUGAUCAUAACGUUCUCUCUCUUAAACCCUUCUAAGAAGACAUAGUUGAUCAUUUCGGGAUCCCUCGUUAUGCUCGAGGCUGGAGUGAUCUUACUUAAAGUGCUCCUUAACAUGUGUUCAGCUCACUAAAGCCUGUGAUGACAGUGGAAUCUCUGUGCUUUUCUAUAGAGAAUAUUUCUUUGUGUAAUCAAACAUUUGUUGGCAUAAAGAUGAUAAAUU